AUGCCUCGUCCGAAGGUGCGACUCGAAGACCGUCAACGAGCCAUUAAAGCGUGUUUGCCGUGCAAGGCUUCCAAGAAGCGGUGCGAUGCUCAACAGCCAUGUUCCAACUGUAUCAGACGGAGGGCGACGUCGUUCUGCCAUUAUAUCGACUCCAGCUAUGUCAGACACACUCGAAAGCUUUCCCUACCACAACCUGCAGAGUCCAGUGCUUGCCAGGAUGAAUCCGUCUCUACCGCCUCGGAGGAUCUGCAGUUCGCCGUCAGCAAGCCAUUGGAGGAGACCUCUGGAGAUAUCGACAUGACUCCGAGAGAGGCACGGCCUUCACGUGGCCGGAUGCUCUUGAACUCGAAAGGAGAGAGAGUCUACAUUGGAGAGUUCGCCUCUCUAACAUUCCUCCAAUUCCUGCGGCACACCAUCAAGCAGCAAAUGGGGCCUUCGCUGUUCACGGAAAACACGCGUCGCAACCUAAUGCUGGAGGCUGCUAACGUCAAUGACACUGUCACGCAGUCUGUCGAAGACGUCCACCAGAAAGCAGCCUUGUUAGAGGCCUACUUUGCCGCUACGAAUGGUAUCAUUGAUCUGUUCUCUAGAGACGAGGUGGCGGCCAUGAAGCACGCUUUUAGGGAGACUGAACACAAGUACGUCAGAGCGGCUCUGGAUCUCAUGGUGUCUAUCGGCGCGCAAUGUCGAGCAGAAGAUGCGCUCGAUCACCGAUACGCCUCGACGCUGUUUUCUCGGGCGCAGAAGGCCAUGGUGGCAGACGGGCUGGAAGACCCUUCUAUCGACAUGGUUCGUUGCUUCCUCCUCAUGACAUUCUAUAUGUUGGGAGCCUGUCGAAGGAAUGCCGCCUUUAUGUACCUCGGGAUCGCCAGCCAGGCAUCGUCCGCUCUCGGACUUCAUGUGACUGAACAAUAUCGCCAUUUCAGUGUGGAAGAUCAGAUUGUGCGCCUUCGCACAUUGAGAAGCCUCCGAGUCCUAGACGUAACAUACUGCUCCAUCUUGGGGAGACCAUAUUCAACAGUGGCAAUCAGCGCCGACAAUACAGCGAUCGCCAUGCUGCGCUUGCCUCCCGUCACAAAUCGCGACUCGACACUGCAAGCAAGUUUCGAAGUAUGUUCUAUUAUCGCCGAGAUCACACCGAUGCUGGAUUCCGAGGGCUCGAUAAGCCUGAGCACGGCUGAAGGAUUCCUCAAGCGUCUGCGCGACUGGAGCGCUGCUCUGCCGGCCGACAUGCGGCAUUUCAACCGGUCCGCAGAUGAAUCAUUGACGCCUGAGGAGCAAGAGCGAACCAUCGGAAACAUUCAUGUUUCAUGCAUCUACUAUUUCGCUGUGAUGCUUGUGACGAGGCCUUUCUUGAUAACAUACCUGAUGGCUCACAUGUCCAACGGUGCCAGCCCUGUGACGACGGCAACCGAGAUCGCCGAACUGGCACAGGCAUGCAUCGACUCGGCAAUAUUGAUGGCAAACAUGUGCAACGAAGCACUCCAGUCAGACAUACUGCUCAAGCAGAUGUGCGUCCUGAAGGCAUGGAUAUUUGCAGCCGGCCUCGUAUUGGGAUUUUCCAUGUUUGCGCAGGGCGACUCCCGCUUUGACAUGGACGACUCCUUCAGCAAUGCACGCGAAGUCCUCCGCAGCCUCUCCGCCGAGAGCCCUCAAGCGGAGCACUACUACGAAAUCCUGACGGGGUUCGCGGACGUGAUUCAGCGCCGCCGCCAACACCUGUCCCGCGGAAGGCGAUCGUCCCGGAACAAAUACGUCGACCAGAUUUUGACCUUUGAUGUCACGCCGAGUGCUUCCAGGUCUCAGUCGACGCUAUCCCCUGGGACUCCUCAGUCGAAAGGCCCAGGACAGGGUAUGCCAGACGCAUCUGCUACAGACGAUGGAGCCGGCGACUUUGAGUUCCAGAUGCCCGACCUCAGCCAGUGGCCGCUCGAAAACGGAGGCGGGUUCGACUUCGGUAUGUUCGGAUGGGACAACUUUGCAAUGCAGAUAUCGGAGAACUUCUCAUUCGACAACGACCCAUCGUGGGGAGUGACCUGA